UGAUCAAAGUUUGAGCAAGAAAUGAAUUUAGCCUAACCUCCUUGUUACCCUUUAAUUCCCACAGGGAUUCAAGAUGGCCGACCGUGGAUGGUUUGUUUAGAGAUUGUAGCAUUUCAACAACAUUUUCUCGCGUUCUGUGAGUUGAGAACAUAGCGCAUUUCUGUACCAGAGCGAGAAAAUAUCCCCAGCUUUCCAAGAUGGAAGAUCUGUCGGCUAAGAAGCGGGAGAUCGACGAAAAGCUGCAAAUGGAGACACAGAAGCUGGCAUUUCUGAAAGACAGUCUUAACAAGAGCAACCAGCUGACGGAAAACAUGGUGUCUAUACUGGAAUCCUUCAGUAGCCGUUUACACAAGCUAGAGGACACCAUCGUGCCAGUGCACAGGGACACCAAAAACCUUCAGAAACUUCAAGACAAUAUUGACAAGACCCUGUCCUCUCUAGACCACGUCAUCAGCUUCUAUAAUGUAGCCAAGGAUGUGGAGCAAACCAUCCGAGAGGGACCUUACGGUACCCCCGACCCACUCGCUCCAAAAUAUCCCAGCCAAGAGUCUGACAGCCAACCUCCAGAUGGACCCACAGGUCGUUUGGAGUCGUACCUCCAGAGCAUGGACAGGGUACAGAACGCUGUCAACUUCUUCAGUGAAAACAACCCUGGCAGUCCUGAACUGCACACAGUGACACAACUGUUUGAGUCAGGGAAAGACCAGCUGGAGAGAGAGUUCCGGAACCUGCUGACCAGACACAGCCGGCCCGUACCGGCGGUCACCAUACUGGACAUGCUGGGGACAGAAGAUGAUUCAGAUGAUAUUCCUCUGGAGCAUUUACCAGAGAGGACAGUUGCAGAAUUAACAGAAAUCUCCAGCUGGCUCAUCUCACAAAACAGCACAGAUUUCAUGAACGUGUAUGCCCAAAUCAGGUCAAACACACUGAUCAGGUCCCUAGAUGGGUUAAAACAACACCAGGCAAAGACUGGGGCAGCAGCAGGAGUUUCACCUGCCUCUGGAGGUAGCAGAAAGCUGGCAUUAAAGGACACACCCACCAAGAAAACUGCCUACCUGAAAGGGAGAACUAUAAUCCGGAAAGCUGGCUCUUCCAUCAUGAAGCAUUCCUCCCUGACAUUAGACACAGCACGUCGGCAGGGUUCUACUGCUGUGGCUGAGUUGAAAGACGAUGUGUCUGACACGGAGACAGACACCUGCAUCCUCUGUAUCUCUGCACUACUCAAACUCAUGCAGAGUGAGUCUAAGUUGAUGGAAGGUGUGAUCCCUCGGGGAGAUCACAACAAAAUCUUUGAACAGCUGGUCCAACAGUCCAUGGAUGGUGUGGUGGCAGAUGUGGAGAACAUAGCCACCUCUGCUAAGAGAUGUAUAGGUAAACAUGACUACUCAGCUGUUCUGUCCAUCUUCCCUGUUCUUAAACAUCUGAGGGCCAUCAACCCAGACUAUGAGAAAGCACUAGAGGGAACUGAACAGGGACACAAACUGCCCAGUCUCAUGUCCACCCUGGACACAACAGGAGCAAAGGCACUGGAGGAGUUCAUCGACUCCAUCAAGAAUGACCCAGACAAGCAGUCCAACAUGCCCAAGGAUGGGACAGUGCAUGAGCUGACCAGCAAUGCUAUGAUCUUCCUUCAGAAUCUUCUAGAAUACUUACAUACAGCUGGUGGGAUGUUGGCAGCACAAGUUGCUGCCGGCUGGCGCCCAGUAGACACCUACCCUGCAGGACGUGACAUGCAGGCUGCAGAAGUCAAUGAGAGGAAGCUGUCCAUAUAUAUUGGUAAGGUCCUGGGAGCUCUUCAGCUGAACCUGGAGAAUAAGGCCAAGGGAUAUGACGACCCAGCCCUGACAGCUAUCUUCCUCCUCAAUAACUAUCACUACAUCUUAAAGACUAUAAAAAGUUCCGGCCUGCUUCAAGUGGUGGUGCUGCAGACCAGCGACAUUGUAGAGCACUAUGAAGACAUUAUCAGGGAGCAGAAGAGAUUGUACUCAAAGAGCUGGAGUGGAGUAUUACGUCACAUUCUAGAGAUCAGUGGGAAGACAGUUUCCCAGCAGAGAGCUGCUCCCCAGAUGGGCAAGAAAUUCAAGCUGAAGGACAAGGAGCGACAGACUAUCAAGGAUAGGUUCAAGGGUUUCAACCAGGAGUUUGAUGACAUCUAUCGUACACAGAAGGGUUACGCUAUCCCGGACCACGAGCUGAGGCAGUCACUUAGAAACGACAACAAGGAAUUCAUCCUACCCGCCUACACAGCCUUCAGAGAGAAGUAUGAGCCGAUGCAGUUCACCAAGAACCCUGAGAAAUACAUCAAGUACUCUGCAGAGGAGGUUUCUGCCACAAUCGACAGAUUCUUUGACUUGUCUGCUUGAUAGAAGUUACAAAUAAUGAUAAAACUCAGAUAGCUCUGCACCUAGUGACUGUAUUAUCUCCAAAAUCAUGUAUUUUUGUUAUAAUCAAAUGCAUAAUUAUGUUGCGUAGCAUUGUAUAGCAGUGUUAUGUGGUAUGAAUUAUUGAUAAUUAGACUAGCAUACUAGGAAUGAAAGAGCUGAUCGGGAGAAACCAAUGCACUUAUUAUAUUUCAUGUACAUUAUACUGGGUCAUACUGAAAUAGAUACUAGUAUUCCAAGUCUCAUAGUGGUGUGCAUGUACAACUGGAAGUUAGUGAUGGUUGCUUCAUUGUUUCAAUUAACGAUAUAUUGAUUAUGUAAUUUAAUAGAUUCCUAUAAUUUGGGCAGUGCAAUUUCUCAACUUAAAAUAAUAAAUAUUUAUUGCUGUUAUCAAUGCUUAAUACAACUGUUCAUAUCUCAGUAUAUACUAGUACAUGUACUUUGUACAGGUCUUUGAAUUAAU